AAGCCCCCGCCGCAGCGCCCCGUCGCGCCGCGCCGCCGAGAUGUGGCGCGGGGCUCGAUCGGCCGGCGCGUUUCGCGCCCGGAGGUUCAGCACCGCCACGCGGCGCCGCGUCGACGACGAGGGCGACUGGUCCUACUCUUCCGAGUGGUGGGGGCCCACCGCGCCCGGCGGCGGCGGCGGCGGCGGCGGCCACACCGUCCUCCGCGGGGCUUCCGACCGCGGCAACGGCGUCGUCUCCGUCGUCGCCUUCCCUUCUUCUCGACCCAAUGUUGUUUACUGGUCUUCAGUGGAGAAUUGGCUUCUGCAAAGGUAUGCAGACAUGUACCCCGGAUCUGAUCCUAGUGAACGUUUUAGGGUACUGGGAUAUCAGUGGCGUGUACUCCGGUUUAAUGAUGAUACUCGUCAAAGCACUGUCAAGAUUAUGGCUACUUACCGGGAAUCGGAACCCCACUCUGUACGCUUCAUGCAGCAAGCAAAUUGCCUGGCUGUUCCAUAUCUCAAAAGCAUGGUAUCAGCUGGGUUGGCAACAUUAGCAUCUUCUGAUUUCGAUCUUGGGGAUGUUGUACACGGGAAUAAACCUAUGAAUAUUUUGUGCAUUGGGCACGGUGGAGGUAGCUUACCAUUGUUUCUGGCCAAUAAAAUUCAAGGUGCCAUCAUUGACAUAGUCGAAAUCGACCCCCUGGUCAUCUCAGCCUCCAUUCAGGCAAUGGGGUUUCCUGCUUUCUCGGUCCUAACUCCCUCGGGCGAUCGUGCCAUCUUGAAACCUGAUCUCAUGGAUGAAGUAAUGUGGAAAGGUGUUCAUGAAAGGCUUCACCUCUUGGAGUCCGAUGCUGAGAAGUUUGUCCUGGAAAACAAGAAACUCUACGACUUGGUUUUCAUCGAUGCCUAUGAUGGUGAUGAUAUUUUCCCUCGUAAGCUCUGGGACCCAGAUUCCCCUUUCCUUAGAGCUCUCAGCAACCAGCUGCACUCAGAGCACGGAACCGUCGUGGUGAACCUUCACGCGGAUGCUGAUUUGCUGAGUCCAGAUGGGUCUGCUCCGUCCGUGCUUCAACAGCUUUGGCCGAUGGGGAAGCAUGUUUCUAGCAUUUCUCGAGCUUACAAGGAUGUGCUAGUCGGACAGGGAAGUUCUCAUCAUGCUCAUAGCAAGUGCUCGGGGUUGGCAUUUGUAGUUUCAGUUCCUUGGGUGUGUAAUUCAACCUUGGUAGCGCGCAAGAACUUAAGGGUAGACACUGGGUUGUCAAGUACGAACGGCAUUGUAGACAGGCUGAUCUCGAGGUCGAUUGAGGUGGAGCGCAUUUUGGAUCUACCGUUUUCAUGCUUGGAGAGGGAUGCUUGCGGGGAACCUUCUCCGGCGGUGCAUGGAACCUUCUAUGCCCAAAUGCUCACUGCAGGGCCUUGUUUCCCCCACUUUUAUAAUUAUCUGGAUGCUUAAAAAUGAAUUAAGGAGAAAUUUCUGGGGGC